UUUGAGGCUCAGUGAGCAAAAUAUUUUGUCCAUAGAGAAGAGGAACGCUGAUGUCGGUGUCUUCAAAUCAAAAUCAAUGAGUCUGAUGUUUAAACUCGAGCCAGGGGACAUUUGCUGCUCAUGUAGAAGAACGCUUUCAUUUUGAUCCACCGGUCAAUGCAAGGACGCACUCCCUGGUCAACUUUAAGCAAUCUUCAGGUCGGUCACAGCUGACCCACAUGGAGGACAGAACAGAAAGUCCUGUAGCUGUGAAGGUGGAGGAACACUCUCGGUGUGUCAUCCUGACCUACUUCCAGGGGGACAUCAACAGCAUGGUGGACGCUCACUUCACCCGCGCUCUCAGCAAAGUCUGCAAGGCCAAGGCACCCGUAGCCAAGACAAAAAAAAUCAGAAAAACUAUUAAACUGGAGGAAACCAGCACCUGUCAAGGGCCGACUGUUGACUGUUACUCAGAGUCACAGGUCCCUCCUGUAGCUGGACAUCUCAUGAACUUCAGCCCUGCAGACGACCCUGCUGGCUCCUGGCACUCGUUCACAACAAGGGCAGGAGAGGGCCCAGGGUUGCCGCCCCUCGCCUACUCCCUGUCCCCAGAAGGGUUGAGUCUCACCGGACAGCAAUAUGCGACAUCCCUGCUCAACCUCCUGCACAGUGACCGCGGUGAGAUGGGACCCAGCAUGGCCUCCAGCUCCAAGCCAGAGCUGAAUCCCAGCUGGACCAUGCCUCAAGGAUUUAGAGACUCCGUGGACCCUGCUUUGGGCUUUGAACCUGGUAGGCCUUCAGCUGUCCUUUAAUGAGACCUUUAACUUUCAAGGACGGCGUCUGGACAAGAAGGACUUGUACUGGUACUAAAGACAAAAAGAGAGAGAGAGAGAGCGACUGGAACAGCUUCAACUAAACCACAUACUUGUGGCUCAGUAAAGCCGCCAGAUUUUCUGCCCAGAUGUCAGGUAUUUUCUCGUCAAACAGGCGUCACAGAGUGUGAUCCAAGAAUACACACAGAAGAAAAACUGCAGCGCUUCCAUUUCCAAUUCUAAGUGAAAUGACCUCAGCACGUCAGCACGCAGCCACUGGAACAACCUCUCUGAGAGGGAACAGUCUCUGACGAACCUGUUCUUCAACUCCUGCUCUCCUCUUGUAGAUCUCAAAGCACUGUACGUGUUGUCGCUCCUGGUGGAUGAAGGAUAUUUUCUUGUGCCUUUAUCAGGCACUUAUAGUGGACCUACACUUGUGUUGUCACAAUACUGGAAUUUCUAAAUUGGAUGCAAUACCCAGUAAAAUAUCAAUAUUUAAUAGCAGAGAAAAAUUGACAUUGAGGGCAAACAAGAAAAACUAAUCUGACAUUGGCAAUAUAUAUGUUUGUUUUUUUUUACAUUAACCCUUUCAAACUGGAGCAUACUGGCUUGAUUUCUUUAUAAAACACUAGAGGGUGAUAAGCAGCUUAUAACAAGAAAUGGCCCAAAAAUUAACAAAAAAAUUGUAAAAAGUUACAGGGA